AUGGCCAAAGACCAACAGGUCGUGAUCAUCGGUGCAGGAAUUGUUGGUGCGAAUCUGGCAGAUGAACUGGUCACGCGAGGAUGGAGGAAUAUCACUGUCAUUGACCAGGGUCCACUGGACAUGCCUGGAGGCUCGACCUCUCAUGCCCCAGGACUCGUCUUUCAAACAAACCAGUGCAAAUCCAUGACCGGCUUUGCUCGCUACACGGUGGAGAAGAUGCUGAAGCUGGAGGUGGACGGCAGGCCCUGUUUUAACCAGGUCGGAGGACUGGAAAUUGCUACAACACCAGAGCGACUGGAGGAAAUCAGGAGGAAGCAGGGAUGGGCUGCUUCUUGGGGGAUCGACGCCAAGGUUAUUGAGCCUGCAAAAUGUCUUGAGCUCUAUCCCUAUCUGAACCCGGCGCUUGUUCUCGGAGGACUUCACAACCCGACAGAUGGUCUCAUUCUAGCAGCUCAAGCUGUCCAGCAACUUAUUUCGCAGACGCGAAAAGUUGGUGUCCGGUACUUGGGAUCAACUACAGUCACGGGCAUCAAACAGGACAAUGGCCGUGUCACUGGAGUUUCUGUUGGCGAGGGAGUUAUUCCAGCCGACAUUGUCGUCUCGUGCGCCGGAUUUUGGGGUGUCGAGGUGGGCGCCAUGAUUGGGCUGCCUGUGCCUCUGCUACCCAUGGCGCAUCAGUACGUGAAGACGACAGCCAUCCCUGCGCAAGCCGGCAAAUACAAAGAAAAAAACGGCGCUGGUCUGCCAAUUCUUCGCCACCAGGAUCAAGAUCUGUACUAUCGCGAGCAUGGCGACCAGUUAGGCAUCGGCUACUACGGCCACCGUCCCAUGCCGGUCGUUGCUGCUUCACUGGGCCCGACGCCUCAAGAUGUCGACGAGCAACACAUGCCCUCGCGCAUGGACUUCACGCCCGAGGAUUUCGAGCAUGCCUGGCAGCUUUCCAAGAAUCUCCUGCCUAUCCUGCAGGACAGUGAGAUUGCUGACGGGUUCAACGGCAUCUUCUCAUUUACACCGGAUGGCGGCCCCAUUGUCGGCCAAGCUCCGAAUCUGGACAACUUUUAUGUUGCCGAGGCUGUCUGGGCGACUCACUCUGCUGGUGUCGCCAAAGCGCUCGCCGAAGUGCUCACAGACGGAAAAUCCACCAUCGACCUGGCCGGUUGCGACAUUAGCCGGUUUGAACAAGUACAGCUCACUCCCGAGUACGUCAAGGAGACCUCGUCGCAGAACUUCGUUGAAGUCUACGACAUCAUCCAUCCUCUGCAGCCCAAGGAAUCCCCAAGAAACAUUCGCCUGAGCCCUUUUUACAUCCGCCAGAAGGAGCUUGACGCUUUCUUCCUGGAGGGUGGCACAUGGGAGCGGCCGUACUGGUUUGAAGAAAAUGCAAAACUCGUGCCUGACCUCCCGGCAGAGUGGCAGCCUGUCGAGCGUGAUGCCUGGUCAGCAAGAUAUUACUCGCCAAUUGCGGCCGCCGAGGCUUGGAAGACACGCACGGCUGUUGCCAUGUAUGAUAUGACACCUUUGCGGCGUCUCGAGGUGACUGGCCCUGGAGCGGUGGAUCUGCUGGUUCGCCUGACUACUGGCUCUGUAUCACGGAAGCCUGGCGCGGUCACUUACACGCUUCUCCUGGACGAGUUGGGCGGCAUUCGGAGCGACAUCACGGUCGCAAGAAUCGAAACCGAACUCUUCCAAGUCGGCGUGAAUGGCCCUGUUGAUACUGCUUAUCUGCAGAGGGAAGCGCGCAUCCAAAACAAGCGCACUCCCGAGCGUUCCGCCUACGUCCGCGACAUCACUGGCGGUACCUGCUGUAUUGGCCUGUGGGGGCCGCUGGCGCGUCAGGUCAUCACUAAGGUGAGCGCUGACGACUUUACCAAUAAUGGCCUGAAAUAUUUCCGUCUUAAAAAGGCCAGUAUUGCCGGCGUGCCAGUUGUGGCCAUGCGACUGUCGUACGUCGGCGAGCUCGGGUGGGAGAUCUACGCCAGCGCUGAGAAUGGUGUCCGUCUCUGGGACGCCCUCUGGCAGGCGGGUCAGGAGCACGGUAUUAUUGCUGGCGGUCGCACCGCGUUCAAUGCGCUGCGUCUCGAGAAGGGCUUCCGUUCCUGGGGCACAGAUAUGAACGGUGAGCAUGAUCCAUAUCAGGCUGGCCUUGAGUUUGCCGUCAAGAUGGAAAAGGCAGACUUUAGAGGCAAGGCGGCGCUGGAAGGCCGAUCGCGCGAAACCUGCACCACUAGGCUGCGCUGCCUGACUGUCAACGACGGGCGCUCCAUGGUCCUUGGGAGAGAGCCUGUCUACGUGGAUGGGAAGGCGUCCGGAUACGUCACCAGCGCCGCGUUUGGAUACACUGUUGGAAAACCAAUCGCAUACGCAUAUCUGCCCAAUGAUGUUGCCGAAGGUGACUCGGUUGAGAUCGAGUACUUUGGAAAACGCGUUGCGGCGACCGUGUCAGUCGAACCACUGUACGAUCCACAAAUGGCUCGACUCCGUGGCUAG